UGGAGAAGCUCAAAUCGAACGGAUAGAGCAGAUGGUCCAACUACAGAACUUCUUCUUUUUCAUUACUUCCAUGGUCGUGCCCCGUGGCACGGCAGCACCCGUACUAUUGAAAUGGUUCGUCAGUAGAGAUGUUCCCACUGGUGCCUCUUCUUCCAAUGGUACUAUAAUUCCUAUUCCUAUCUCUUUAUUCCCUUUUUUGGUCUAUCUACAUUCAAGGAAAUUCAUACGCUCCAUGGACAGAGCAAAAAGUGGAGUGUUGGUCAAAGCAAGCCGCCCUAUUCUAUUACCAGACAAAAUUGGGAGAAGCUCAUCCGCUAGAAAUGCUUUAUUUCGUUUCGUUCCCGUUCUUCAUUUCCUUAUUAUCGAAUCCAUGGGGGACUUGUCAUAUUUAGAAUCUUUCUGCGGUCUGCUCUGUUUACAAUUCUUUCGUACUCUCUUCUCUUUACCACGCGAUAGGUCAGCGAAGCGUGAGCGGGCGCUCCGAAGUAAAGGCCAAACACUUCGGCCUAAGGGGAAUGAGCAACAAAAUGACAAGAUGAGGUGCCCCGGGCACCCCCAUAUAGAAAGAAGGGUCGAAGGUUUUGGGCCUGUAGCUUUCCCCGCCCCCCCCUCGUCGAGUGGUGCUUGUUUGGGGGGUGUGCCACCUGAAAUCGGGCUUGAAGCUCUCGCCUUACCAACGAGCCGACUGUUGAUGGCUGUUGGUCACGACUACUACAAAAAAGUGAAGAUGAAUCUUUCUAUUUCACAUGGAGGAGUGUGCAUCUUUAUGUUGGGUGUUCUUCUGUCGUGCGACCCGAUGGCUUAUGUGCGACCUGUGGCCCACGCCUCCUAUUCUAUUUGUUCAGGGCGGGCGGCGUGAACUCUGAUUCGAUCCGGGUAUUCAAUCCCGCCGCUGAGAUGCUCAGUUGACUCCUUAACCUUGAUAGGAAGAUGGCUUAUUCCUAAAUUCGUGCAUAAGGGUAAGGAACUUUGGAUGAAUUAAUGCGAAUGGGUGUAAGCCUCGCAGCUCGGAAACACCCAGUGCUGACCACACUGAGAGACACGAAAGCGCAGGUAAUGCCAGUUGGCGAAGUGGCGUUAAGCAUCCCUAGCGGUACGCAAAGAGAGGUCGUGAUGAUAUCAUCUACGUCCGUACCGCUCCUCGUGGAGUAGAUCCCGCAUCCAACCAACCCUUUUUUUACCAGGGAACGGGAGAAUUCCCACUACCGCAGGCAGGCCAGCCGGGCCGUGAGCGCGGUGGGAACGGGCUUCCCAAAAAGCGAGCCCCGGCCCGGGUCAGCAUAGAAUGGGGGGGGGGACGGCCCUAAUGUUGUGUUGGCCGGGUUGCGGGCGGAUAAAAGCGGACGUGGGGACUCGGGUCGGGGCACAGCGUAACUAAGAUAAGAGAGCCAUUCCAUUUAGUGCGAGACAGAAUGGGCGGGCACAAGCGGUCUGGUGUCCGAGCCGAUUGGUCAGACGACGACUACUGCACAUAUUAUAUUAGCCGCCUAUCCCGGAAUGGACUGGGAUGGAAACGCGAAGCAACAAGCAAGGGAUGAGCGCUUUGUUGCUAAAGCGCAUACGUUUUCUUGGUUUGUUUUUUGGGGGUGGGGCAAUAAGCUUGCUUCUUCACAAGCUUAUCCCCGCCCCCUUUCCUGUCCGUCCCGACCGGCAGCAGUUGGGUCUCCCCAUCUCUCCUCAACUUCCCCGGUCUUCGGCCCGAGCUGUAUGAGGCAGAAACUCGUCCCACGUACGGUUCGGAGGCCGAGCCCCACCCCUGCAAUAAUGGUGCAGCUUAGGUCAACUAAUACGAAUAAGAUACAGUUCACUCAACGAUUGCCUUUGGGUCCCGAACUCCAUAUGGGGAAGGAACGUUGUUGUUUGCGAGGUCUCGAUCAUUUACAUGGACCCACUUCUCAUUCCAUUUGUGGGAAUUUUAUGAUUUAUAAACCGUCCCCAACGAGCGAAAGGUUCAUGUUUGAACAUGAUGAAUCACUUCGUGCCGACCUGUUGCCCAUAAACUUUCCUGCCUCAUAUGAGAAUGGAAAACUGGAAGAUUUUCUGAUGAAGAAUCACGAACAUAAGAAUUUCUGGUUUAGCAUGUUCCCAGAAAGAAGAUACUACUGGUCGCGAGAAACGAGGAGCACGACUGAAGUGGCUAUACAUACAAAUCCAUUGACGGAUCUAUAUGCUCCGAUUGGAACUGGAAGUUCCAGAACUGGCGGCUGGUAUACCACCAUAAUGAAAUUGCCUUUUAUUUUUAGUAUUCGGAUAGGAUUUCUGUUGGCUUCAUCGGGAGGCUCGCGUAGUUUGUUACGUCAACUCCAAAAGGAUAAGUUGCAUUGGAAUCGAGAAAGUUUCGUUCAUAAUUGCAUAAAAGGAGUCAAAAUAGUGGCUGCGGCGCGUCGAGGGUUGAUAUCGAAUAACCUUUCGAGCCUUCCCCAAUGGAUCUCUAUCCUCCUUUGAAACCAGUAGAAGUUCACUGACCAUCCCUGUCAAACAUAACCCAAGGUAGGAUCGAGAGGAGAAGAAUAGGACUCUUGCUAGUAUCAUAACCUCUCGAUGGGAGAAUGAAACCAUUAGAUUAGUGGAAAGAAGAAAGAAUGGGAAGAAAGCAGCCAUGGGCAAGCUUUAAUUAAUAUAAAUAAGUAGGAGUUACAGCCUUUAAAUUAGAGUGAAACGAGCCUUUGACGUAGUCAGAAAUUCUACUGCCCUUUCUCUUCUUUCUUUUUUAUUUUUUAUUCUAGUUUUUUAUACUAUACGUAUAAUCACCUUUCCGGGGAAGGGGUAACAUAGACGGAGGCACAUGUAGACAGAUACAGACUUUUGAAAUCUUUUGCCUAAGCGAAGUAGAUAAGUAUGAGGGAAGAAGUAUUUUAUUGUCCAGCAUGAUCGGUUUCAUAAGUCCAGUUGUGCCAGAAGCUAGAGUUGCCUUUAUUAGUGGAUAAGGGUGGGUUAGGCAUGACAUUCUUAAUCGUAGACAAGGCGCGCUGCGGAAGAGCUUGAUUGCUAACUAAUUGCUUGCUUUUAACCAGUGACUGACUUACACGGCUACUACUUUCCUGAGUACCGCUUCAGAAUCGUUCCUACUUUCCUUUUUAAAGGUCUUCCUCUCUCUACUAGGAUUGACUCGCUUAGAAGUCGAGGGGGUCCCAUUUCCAUUCCUUUGCCAAAGACCCUAACGACAGCUUGAACUACCUCAAAGAUUUGUCUCAUUGAUCCGAAAAGAAAGGAAAGAAGAGGAUUCCUGGGAAGGAUAGAGUAUAUCAGCAGGUUCAUCGCACAGCUCACUCCAAAAAGGAUUUGAGUGGAAGGUUGAGCGCCCCUUAACGUUUAGAAGUAUCCUUUUUUCAACGGUUAGAAACCUUUCUAUUCUAAGACGGCUAGGCUAAGUCGAGGGCAGACACAACAGGUCACGAAGAGCUAGAGGAUAUAGAAUUCCUAUUUACCGGGAAGAAAAGCGGAAGGAAACAUCGGCUCUUCCGAGAUCUUAUGUAAGGAAUACUAGUUCUCUAAAAAGUAGAGCUAAAAGAUCUUCAAGAAAUGUCUUUCCCGCGGAAGACUCUAACUCCUCAUAGCAUUACGCUAAUCCGCAAAUAUCGAAUGAUGCUUCGACAGAUUCAGUCAUCCAUUCAGCUUUGAAAUCGGAGACAAGGAAAACUACUUCAUAGAAAUAGAAAUAGAAGCGCCGCGGAUCAAUAUAGAGAUGCGAACCAAUAUCCUUUUCCUGGUGGACUCUGAAGUACUCGUCUUUUGCACAAGGCCUCGUGUCAAAUAACAUCCAACCACGUCCACGUCCUCCUACCUCGCCCAUUUGCGGAGAUCAUCUACAUUUUGCUUCGUGUCGAGCUCUAAUCCAAACGUUUUCCUUCGGGAGGGCAUUGCUGCUUUCUUUCUGUAGUGAGGCUGGCUCUUAAAAAUGAGCUAAACUCUGAUAGAUUUAAAGGUAAAUUUAGGUAUUCUUAUCUUAUAUGUAUCGAGUGAUUGUGAAGCGCAUUCAACGCGCUAGAUAUGAACAAGGCUUGUUAGCAUUGGCACGUGCAUAUGUUGGGUAUGAUAUUUACUUUCCAGCAUUGAUUUAUUUUAGAGGGCGCAUCUAUCGUGCAGGAAUACUACACUUUCACGAGCGGGACUUUGCUAAAUGUCUAAUAUCUUUUCCUAUUGGUAGUGGUGAUGUUAAGUUCACAGGAAAAGAAGACAAGGAAGAAGCUACUACUUAUAUGAUUGAGCAAGCUGUGGGUUUCCAUCAUCAUUUGGCUUUGCCCUUCCUCCUCGUUUUUCUUUGAGAUUGGCAAUCUUAUCCACUUUUUUACUUUGCUCCACACAGAUGAAGGCAAGCUUGUCUUCGCUCUAUCUUACCAGGAAAGUAGGAAAUACACACCCCUGUUGGUUAAAGCAGACUCGUAUGCCUAUUCUGAUGCGGAGGGAUCAGCCACCUCUUUCUGUUCGAAAGAUUCCAGACCUGACUUAAAGCCCUCUUUCACAAGACAUUUGGUUGAUCAGGAUUUGGUAAACCUAGAGAUCUGAUUCUGGGAUAGGGUAAAUCUGUUCUUUCUGCUUCUGCCUAUGCUUGUCUUUUAGCAUUCGCCUAUGCGGAUUGAGAUAGAUAUUGAUAUCUAUCUGGGCGAAAGAGCACAAAAGGGAGUGGUUUGGCCGCUAAGAACUUAACUCCUAGGCGAUGGAAAUAUAGAAUCUAUGUAUGGCUCAGCCAUCUCUUCUUGAACUUGCUGUGGAACUUCUCUAUCUUUGUCAUUAAAGGCUAUGUAUCCCUUUCCCUCAUUAGUACUCAAGCACUAGAACCGCUUACUGAUUCAACGACGGUUACUGAUAUGCCAUGUUGAUCGUCAUUUCUCGUUGAAUGGUUCUCCCUCCUGUAGCUCUGUGGGCAUUCAAACCAGAGUUUAUGCGGUUGGCUAUGUCCCUUCUAGAACUGCUGUUUUUAGCAAUUGACAGAAAAAGUUCCGUAAUCGUCCUAUUUUUUCGUCCUUGUGGAAGCGAGAAAUGCGUAAUUAAUAAAUAUAGUGAUGUGAUGAUUCCAUGAAUCUCAGAAAAGGUAGGGGUCAAGGACCUUAUGGGACUGCAAUCGUGCCUGCCAAUUGGGGAAGGACGCGGGCCUGGCAACCGCUCGGCUCUAGUAAGGGAAACAGGUAUGUCUCACAUCAUUGCUCGAAGACUGGAAAAACAGCAAGUUAGCUCAGUUGGGUAGAGUGCUGGUCUGUCACGCCAGAAGUCGCGGGUUCGAACCCCGUUUUCCCCGCACGAUCUGAAACUAAUAGAAUAGAAGGGGCCAUAAACAGGAGAGUCUUGACCAAUUCAUUUGGUGUAGUUGAAAUAACGGAAUUGGAAGUUGUUCGGUCAAGUAUAGGAAAUUAAUAUAAGAAUGAAUAACUUUCUCAAUGGUUUAUUUUUUGUCUUUUAUUUAUCUUAAUAUUCAUUCCAUUCAGGCCAUUCGCAAGCAAGCACGAAAAAGCUUCUAUUUCUAAACGGAAACGCCCAGCCCAAUACAUCGAAACUCAUUACCCAUGGGCAAAGAAAGCCAGUCGAGAAAAAAAAA